AUGGAGAGACGAGUUUUGAUCAAGGCGCGAGGCUUCAUCCCCGCUCGUUUGCCGAGAUCAAGACGGUCCAAUGCCUCAAUUCCGUUGACAAUAUCCAUCGUCGCCACUCGUCACCUGUCUAGCUUGGCUGCCGGUCGAAAGAAGGAGACGUCAUAUUCACCACGACAGCUCUCACCAUCGAUUCAGCGCGCGCUCGACGAUGUUCUCUCCAAAAUGCAGCCGGAGGUCAAAAGGGCGCCGCGAGCAUAUGUUGCCUUGGGUAGUAAUCUUGGAGACCGGGUGGAUUGGAUCGAAAAAGCCUGCAAUGAGAUGCAGUCAUAUGGCAUUCAUAUCUUGAGAACCAGCUCUUUAUGGGAGACAGAUCCCAUGUAUGUUAUGGAUCAAGAAAAAUUUCUUAAUGGUGUUUGUGAGGUGAGUUUCUUGCCUGGACUUCCUUCAAGUACGCCCCCACGGGGCUGUCGACGCAGAAAAUAUAACGCCCCGUAUAAACCACCACCGUCCGGAAACCUGACCAUCCUGCAGAUUGCAACGGACCUAAAGCCAAUGGAGCUCCUCGACGCUCUUCAAGAAAUCGAGCGAAAAUUGGGCCGACAAAAGAUUAUCGACAAAGGUCCUCGCAAUAUUGACCUCGAUAUCCUACUCUAUGAAGAUCAGAUAAUAGAUCAUGUGAGGCUCAAGGUUCCUCAUCCAAGUAUGCCCGAGCGAGAAUUUGUUCUUCGGCCGCUUUCUGAACUUAUUCCGGGGGAACCGUUGCAUCCCUCGUCUUCAUGGAAAACGGUCCAAGAGUAUCUGGAUGCGCUCCCUCAGUUACAUCCAAUGUCCACUGUCACUCCCUUAGGACGCUCAGAAGAGCCAAUUCGGGCUCUCCAACCUAAUCGCAAAACCAUGGUCAUGGCGAUCUUAAACCUUAAUCACGACUCAUUUUCUGACGCCAGUGUAAAUGCACCCAUUACCGCAGAACUGGAUAGCACCAAACCCUCCCUACUACAACUUACAAUUCAAUCUUUGACCGACGAUGGUGCUCGCAUUAUUGAUAUUGGAGGCCAGUCAUCUGCUCCCCAGUCUGUAUCGGUACCGGCUGAAGAGGAGGCGUCCCGCAUUAUCCCGUCUAUCAAACAGAUCCGUUCCACAGGCUACAAAGGGUUGCUUAGUGUCGACACCUACCGUGCAUCUGUCGCCGAGGCUGCUGUGGAAGCUGGUGCCGACAUUAUCAAUGAUAUUUCCGCUGGUCAGCUAGAUUCAAGUAUGCUACCAACAAUGGCACGCCUUGGGACAACAGUCAUUCUCAUGCACAUGCGUGGAGCUCCAAAUACGAUGCAAAGGCGAGUAAUGAGAGAUUACUCGCCGAAAGGUCUUAUCCCCACUAUCGCCAAAGAACUCCUCCAGCGCCUUGAAGAGGCGCAAGCAGCUGGCAUUCGCCGUUGGCGCAUUAUCCUCGACCCAGGCAUUGGGUUUGCAAAGGAUGGCGAUGAUGCUCUGGAGAUAUUACGACGCUUCGAUGAAUUGCGAGACUGGCCUGGCUUGAGAGGUCUGCCUUGGCUGGUAGGAUCUAGUAGAAAAGCUUUCAUCGGGAAAAUCACGGACGUCCCGAGACCGGAUGAGCGGCAGUAUGGGACUUCUGCAACCGUGGCGGCAGCUAUACAUGGUGGCGCUGAUAUUGUACGAGUACAUGAUGUUAAACAGAUGACGGAAGUGGCCAAGGUGUCAGACGCUAUUUGGAGAGUCUGA